AUGGAUCAGAGUACUAGUAUACCCCAGACCACUCGUUUUGAUGUGGCUGUGGUGCCAAAUGGGGGACCUGUUACACCAGAAGCACUGCCAAUACCGGAAAAUUUACAAGAGUUGGUUAUCAAGGAUAAUGAGAGAUUUGAAGAUUGGAUUGAAGAGAUGUUAUCAAUGAGGGAACAGAAUGUUUUGUGGGGUAAAGCUAAACAUGAUGAAAUCAGACAUCUGUAUACAAUGCUGACACCAAAAGAAGGUGAGCCUUGGGAAUGGAUCACUGUUGAUUGGUUAAGGAAAUGGCUAUCAGAUGAAAAUACGUCCUGCCCUCCUGUUGACAACCAGAAACUUCUAUGUAAACAUGGUAAUAUGGACCCUGACAAAGUCAAUGAUGCUAAACAUAUCAGUAAACAAGCAGCUGAUCUUAUUUUCACGAAGUACCAUGGUGCCCCAAGAAUACUCCAAAGGCAGUUUUGUAAACAGUGUGUUGUAGAUAGAUGUAAAUUAUUGAGGAUUAGAUUACGAAUCACAGAAGAUCAUAAAAUACUCAGUAAUCUUACUAAACACAAGGUUGAAAGUGGUUUCUGGAUUGGUAAAGCUUCUCUUCGUGGAUGGAGGGGCAUGGUCUUAAACAAACUGGAAGGUAAUACUACCAACAGAAGGAAAGAAGAUGAAGAUGAUAGUCAGUGUACACAAUCAACCAAUGAUACGUCAAAAGAAUUGUCCAGCUCUCAGCAGAGUAAGACCACAGGUUAG